ACCAAGGAGACAAAAUUAAUCAUGCUCAAGAUGAAAUAAAAACAAUUGAUGUGUAUAAAAACAAGGUAAUUAUCACCUGAAUAAAUUAUUUUAUCAUUUCCAAUCAAGUUUUCAUUUGAUCAGAUAUUCAAAAAGUGUUAAAAUAUGUCCACUAACAAUGACAUUAUUAAUAUAGAUAAAUUAAACUAAUGAGAGUGUGAAAAGUGUUUCAAGGGCCAAAAGUACACUGCUCAUAGUUGAAUAAAUUGCCAGUUUAGUGUAUUUUCGACGUUUACGUGUGGACAAAAAUGGCAAAAUUGUGUAAUUGUGUCUGGAAAUUGUGUAUGUGGUCGCAAUGAUGGAUGUCAGUGAUAACUUAACAUUAGCAGAGUCUCCGCCUUGUUGAUUGGAUGGAUGACAGGCACGCUCACAUAAAGCGUCAAUCAGCUGGUCGUUAUGGAAACAGAUAGGAGCGUAACCUGCUGUGCUGAGUGUCGGUGCAAGUCGCUGCGCGCGGCAGAGCUGCGAGUGGAUUUAUAAUCGCUCUUUGAAUCUCAUCGCCCUCCACAACAGUGCCAAGUUUGCGUCGUGCUCUUCACUUUACAGCAUCUCCACAUCUUUAAGCUAACAGUAUGUAAGUGGAGAAAACGCCCGCUUAUGUAAUUGAUCCAAUAUUGCCAGUGAGAACUGUUAUUGACUUUGGUGCUGUUUGAUUAACCAUGUCCACACAAGAGACAGAAUUACCAGACUGUCAGGAGAAGGUGGGCUUGAAGAGAAAACUGACGGGUCCACCAAGACUUUUGCUGGGAAAGUCAAAAUCAAAGGAUAAAUUAGAAGGUAAAUCACAGAGAAGGCAAAGACAAGCUAAAUCUUGUGAUGGCACAGUGGAGAAUAAUGAUCAAGAAAACAAUGAUGGCAAAGACAAUGAAUCCUCACUUAUUACCCACCAUAGCCCUCAAAAAGCCUCAGAGGAAAGGGAAACCCAGCCAGAUGCUCCAGGAGAUACCACAGGAAUUCUUCUAACACUGGAGGAGAGUGAAAGCAAAGAUGAAAAUAUGGAAAGUAAAAUGAAAAUGACCAGAAGCACUUCAAAAACAUCCAUUAAGAGGACAUUUUCCUCACUCCUCAGGUGUGGCAAGAGGAAGGGAUCAGACAGAACAGACAACAAAAACAAAGAUCAACAAAACAUGUGCAACUCGAAUAAAUUGAGUAAUGCAAACAAUAAGGAGGUUCCUAAUGGAAAAAGUAAAAAGAGAGUUUUCUUCACAGUGUGGCCCAUUUCUAAGAGAUCUGCAACAUCUAAUGUCAGUCUAGGAAGGGGAUGUAAAGAGCAAGGUGGCAUGGUUUGUCAGGAGAUAACGGCACCGAAAGAUUUGACAUUUAAAAAGAUCUACCGCAUCUUUCCAAGAAGGAAGAAAGCACCUCUUAUUGAUCAGUUUGAGUGUAGUGCUCCCAAUGCAACAAAAAAAGAACUAGCUGAUCAACUGAAUCAAUCACUUCCAGCUGUUAUGGACAUUCCCAGUAUCAAGAAAGAAGAGAACCAAAAGGAAGAACAAGAAAUACAAGUGGAAAGCAUUCCAGAGAGAUUUACAUUCAGUGCAGAUGUGAGCAUUAACAUUAAGUCUGACCACAUGGAUAAGGAGCAGGAAAUAUGUCCUGACCGAGAUUGGCCGUAGUUUCGACUCAGAGUUGCCGGGCACAUCAUCAGCACAUGAUCUGCUAGUCUUAAAUAAAGAGUCUAUAGAGAAUGAUGUAAAAUGCAGGCCAGUGAUUACUAUCGAGCAUGCAUACUCAUCAGAGGAAGAGAGCAUGAAUGAGGCACCACAGUUUGAUGGUCUUACAAUGAAUGGGUCCUGGCAACAUUUAAAAAUAAACAGCCUAACAAACAACACACUACAUCCUUCUGACCUAAAUGUGUCUACUGAACUAGACCACGGCCGAUGUAAUGAGACCUUACUGAUUCAGACGGCAAUUUCAAUGGUGCAAGCAGCCAUCCGCGGUGCUGUGGAACAGCUCACAAUCGAGCAGCAACACAAUCAGAUAAGUUUGGACCAUGCGUAACCACAUAUAUUCACAUUCUUUUUUCAGUGAAUGAAUUUCGUAUUUCUUUAAGAUGGUAUAAAUAAGCUGCAUAUAACAUAAAAGAGAAGAGGAAUUUAAUGUGAUUAAAUGUAAGAAGACAGCAAAAUCCCCAGAGUUAAAUCAACUCUGCUCAGAGAACAUAUGGUCCCUCUCUACACAGAGUUAAAAUAACACUUAAGCAGAGUUAAAGUUAAUGAGAUAAUAUGCUGUUUGUGGAGUUGUUUAUUCAGAUCUUGAAAGAUUUAAUGUCUUUUAUCUUCAGUUGAUUUCAUCUAAGGCUGUGGCUGGAAGUCAUUUGUAGUUAUUGUGUUUCUCUUCAGUGAUUCUGCUUCUUGUUAACAGCAGGUGUUCAUCACUAAUGCUCAAUCAUAACUUAAUCACUUAAUUAUCUCAUUAACUUUAACUCUGCUUCAGUGUUACUUUAACACUAUAUAGAGAGGGACCAUAUGUAAUCUGAGCAGAGUUGAUUUAACUCUGGGGAUUUUGCUGUGCACAUGUAUAAAUAUUGAUAAUGUUUGUAAAGAUACAAUUAUUGAUGUCAGAUUGUGGAAAAGUUUGUAUUCAUUGUGUAAUUUAAAUGCUGUAAAUUUGAAUGCAUGAUUAACCUAUUUUCAUGAUUGUUUGUACACUUAAUGUUACCUUCUAUUGUUCAUAUUUUUUAUACUGUAUUAUUUUCUUAUGUUACUGCAAUCUAGUUUCUAUAGCAAUGGAUAUCUCACACAUGAUUCCAAGAAGACACUGAGCCACAUGCAUAUGAUAUGUUGUGUAAAAGUCAAGGCAACGUUUUUAUGGAAAUAAGUGGUCUAAGAACCCAGGUGUGUGUAUCGGUUGCUCAAUUCAUAUUUAAAUGAGGCCCUGACUGAAGCCUACAGUACAGUGAAGUUGUUAGAUGUUAUGUUAAGUGACUGUAUACUGUACAUGACAAGCUUGGAAGCAAUGCUUGAAGAUAAUGAUUACACCGAGUUGGCAGCAGGGAAGAUGUUUGCUUUUGUGACUACAUGCUACUCCCUUGUGGCACUAAGAUGUUACUACAAGAUGGUCAGUUCCAGGGAUAGUACUCCCAAAAAAUAAAAUUCUGUCAUCAUUUACUCACCCUCAUGUUGUUGCAAACCUGUAUAACUUUCUUCCAUAUGUGUAACACAAAAGAAGAUAUUUUGAAGAACUGUUUUUGUCCAUGCAAUGAAAGUCAAUGGGGACCAAAAAAAGUUCAAAGUUGUAGAAUAAAGUCAUGCAGCAGGUUUAUAAUGAAAAGGUUUAAGGAUUUGAGGUGUAAAUGAUGACAGAAUCUUCAUUUGGGGGUGAACUAUCCCUUUAAAGUCAGUUCCAUUGAAACCAAUGACAAGUAUACAACCAAAGCAGAUGCAUUAUAAAUCACAGUUUAUUCAAUGUGCCAUUUAUUUAAAAAAAUAAAUAAAUAACCAAACACAUUAUCACACAAGUGCUGAUGAUGAAUAAAACUGAAAAGGGACUGUUUAAAUGCACUACACAAGUCACACAAUUAACACAAAUGUAAGUUUUGAUGAUAUAAAAUACUCAUCACAGUACACCAGCCUCAAUUUGAGUACUCAAUUAAUAUAACUGCAAAAAGUGGUGCUUUGACAGUUCAAAUACAGCACAAAGAAACCAUGUCUACCAUCAGUGAUGUCUUAAAGUUGAUCAAUCAUUCUAAAUAAAACAUUUUUGUCAUGUCUCAGGGUUUGAAACAUGACUGGAAACUAUG